AUGGCUGAUAUGCCCGUGCUUGAACCUCGGAGACAGGCUCUGCCUCCCCCGGUGUUUGGGCAAACGAACAUAAACGCAUGGGCUGGCAGCACUUCGUCAGGCUGGCCGGCUCCGUCGCCUGGACGGAUGGCGACCUCAGAUCUCACUGCGCCCAAUGGGCCGACUCUGCCGUCGAUCUCAGAUCUCACUGUGCCUAAUGGGCUGACUCUGCCGUCGAUCUCAGAUCUCACUGCGCCUAAUGAGCUGACUCUGCCGUCGAUGUCAGAUCUCAUUGCGCCCGACAGGCCGACUCUGCCGUCGAUGUCAGAUCUCAUUGCAGAUCUCAUUGCGCCCGACAGUUCGGCUCCGUCGCCGGGGGCAGAUCUCAUUGCCCCCGACAGCUCGGCUCUGUCGCCGGGGGCAGAUCUCAUUGCGCCCGACAGUUCGGCUCCGUCGCCGGGGGCAGAUCUCAUUGCCCCCGACAGCUCGGCUCUGUCGCCGGGGGCAGAUCUCAUUGCGCCCGACAGUUCGGCUCCGUCGCCGGGGGCAGAUCUCAUUGCCCCCGACAGCUCGGCUCUGUCGCCGGGGGCAGAUCUCAUUGCGCCCGACAGUUCGGCUCCGUCGCCGGGGGCAGAUCUCAUUGCCCCCGACAGCUCGGCUCUGUCGCCGGGGGCAGAUCUCAUUGCGCCCGACAGUUCGGCUCCGUCGCCGGGGGCAGAUCUCAUUGCCCCCGACAGCUCGGCUCUGUCGCCGGGGGCAGAUCUCAUUGCGCCCGACAGUUCGGCUCCGUCGCCGGGGGCAGAUCUCAUUGCCCCCGACAGCUCGGCUCUGUCGCCGGGGGCAGAUCUCAUUGCGCCCGACAGUUCGGCUCCGUCGCCGGGGGCAGAUCUCAUUACGCCCGACAGUUCGGCUCUGUCGCCGGGAGGAAUACCGACCUCAGAUCUCAUCCUGGAGCCCGGCAUGGAGGCAUCAACCGACACAGGAACUAUCACGAACGAUGAUAUCCAACGGUUUAUCGGUGGUCGAGACGUGGAUAAAAUGUGGCUGAAGGCGAUGGAGAGGGCCUUUUUUGUGUCCGGCGGCGGCUCGCGGACCUGCACGGGCCGCAAUAUCAGCCUGAUGGAGAUGUCCAAGGUGAUCCCCUCACUGCUGGUGGUGUACGAUAUCGAGCGCGCGGACCCCAAGGCCCGGGUGCGCACCACGACGUACUGGCUCGCCGUGCAGCGGGGGCUGGUGUGCAACAUCAGGAAGAGGGAUGUGAAGAGCGCCGUGUCAAGGAUGUGA